CCCUGCUGACGUGUGGACCCUGAAUUGAAACCUAAGCUGUACAGGCGCAGGGCACAGCCAGAGCGAAGGCCUCGGCCUCCCAGGGACUCCCAGGUGAUGCUGUGGACCCAGAAAAUUCCAAAAAAACCUAGCCCUGGGCCCAGAUCCUGGGAGCCCCUAAUAUGGGGGAGACAGAACCAAACACAGACACUCUAGCUCCACGAGGACCUGGAAAUUAUACAGCACAUGUGGGACCACACAACGAGGUCACAGGUAGAGAGAGCAAGUGUACUUGGGAGAUAUCCUCCCCAGGAAGCCAUGACAGAGGCCAAAAAGCUGCCCCCACCGCUGCCCCCGCGACUGGACUGGUUCGUGCAGACACAGGUGGGCCAGCUGGCCCAAGGAGGGAUCCCUUCGUGGUUCCACGGUGCCAUCUCAAGACAAGAUGCAGAGGACUUGCUGGAGUCACAGCCACUGGGAUCCUUUCUCAUCAGGGUCAGUCACACGCAUGUGGGCUACACACUCUCCUACAAAGCCCAAAGCUGCUGCCGCCACUUCAUGGUGAAGCUUUUGGAUGAUGGAAGCUUCAAGAUCCCUGGGGAGACGAGAACCCACGCCUCACUGGAUGCACUGGUCACCUUCCACCAGCAGCAGCCCGUGAGGCCACACGGGGAGCUGCUGAGGCAGCCCUGUGGGCAGAAGGAUCCAGCAAACGUGGACUAUGAGGAUCUUUUCCUUUACUCCAAUGCGUUAGCUGAGGAAGCUGCCAGCCCAGCCCAUGGCCCCAGUGAACAUCAGAGUUCUUCCUCCCGACCUGAGGCUGCACCCAAGGAGGCCUCUGCAAAGCCAGUCCUGCUCCAUCGGCCAAAGGAAAGGAAGCCAUCAGUAGAGAUGGGCAGAGUGCCCACGGAGGAAGCCACUUCCUCCUGUCCCCCCAAACUCCCUCUUGAAGAGACCUGCCACAAACUGUGGAAGAACCUCAAGGUGCUCCCCCAGACGGGCAAGAGGGUCCAGCAGCAGUUGAAAUCCCACCUGGCAGCUGUGAACUUGUCAUCACUCCGGAACUCGAGGAGCUUGGAGGCGACUCACAACUCAGGAGCUGGGGCAGGUGACGUGGCUAGGGACCAUAACAUCUGCACAAACCCCUCUAUGGCCACGUCCCUCACAAGCCCCUCACAGCCCCAGGCUUCAAGAGACAGAGAGGACUCCUCCAGGAAGGGCUCAAGGCCGGCAAGCUGGAGCGAGGAGACCCCAAAGGCCAGGGGUUGGCACCAAGUGAUAGAGAGGGCCCUGUCCUCACAGGUGUCCAAACCGGAGUCGAGGGGGUUGACAGAACCCCAAGAGGACUGGCUCCCCGAGGAGUACCGCCCACCACCACCCUUUGCCCCUGGAUACUGCUAGAAAAGACAUUCACCUUGGCUCUGGGACCAUUGUGGUAAGGGGCUGCUCACACUUGGACCCUUGGUUCUUUACCCACUAGCCCUCUAGAACCUGAGAAACAUAAUAAAGACAUUGCUGGAGUCUG